AUGGCCAUGACUUCUGUCCUCUCAAGAACGCAGCACGCGAUAAUAGCGGCUCCAUUCAUUGCCAUCGCCGUCUGGUGUUUCCAGGCAAUGGACCUGGAGAAGAUAGCUGCAACCGCGAAGCCCUCCGCGGAUGCUGGCGUCAUUUCGUGGGAUGGAGGUCAAGUAAAAAUCAUCGAUUUCCACGGCGUGCCCUUCCUAGACCAGCUAUGGCGCGGCGGCACUGCAACGUUUUCCCCUUCAUCGUUUGGAUACGAUAGCAUCGCCGCAUGGCAGGUCUUCUCGUUUCUUAUCGAUCUAGGACCUAUAUACGCUAUUUGGAUUCUGGAAUCGACCCGUGAGGUUAACUCCUGGUCGCCUGCGUAUUUGUGA